AUGAAAUACACCAUUCAUGCAGUCUUGCUAUGGACGCUCAGUUUCCUCCUGUUGUCGCAGCCGAUCACUGCGCAAACCGCAUCGCCUUCUCAGCCGCAAACCAACGGCUCAAGCUCGCCGAAAUUUAACCUCAAGAUGGCGGUGGUAAUGGUGGUUCUCGUAGUUGCAUUCUUCAUCUUGGGCUUCCUCUCCGUCUACACCCGUCAGUGCGCCCAGACCCGCCUCCAGGGGCGCGUGGACCUCGCCCUUCGAAACGGCUCCCUCAUGGCGCGUGGCCUUGACCCCGCUGUCAUCGAAACCUUCCCUGCCUUCAUAUACUCCGACGUCAAGGCGCUCAAGCUCGGCCAGGGCGCUCUGGAAUGUGCCGUAUGUUUACAGGAGUUUCAAGACCAUGAAACGCUUCGUUUGAUCCCCAAGUGCGAUCACGUAUUCCACCCCGAUUGUAUUGACACGUGGCUGCUCUCUCACUCGACUUGCCCGGUUUGCCGGGCUUACCUGGUUCCUAAACCCGGAGAAGAGCCGUACGCUUGGGUUGAUCCGAAUGAAGAGGAUAUCGAGUCGGGUCAAUCUGACACUGCGCCGUGUAGAGCAGAAGCAUCACCACCUUCGCUACCGUCGCAUAUGCCACCCCGCCAAGUGUCAGUUCGGAUAGUGGAAGAUCAAAUCAAAGAGGAGGAAUCUCCAUCUCCAGCACCUCCAGUGUUUAUCAAUCUGGUGAAUGGAAGUGAAGCCUACAAUCAAAGAGGCCCACCUCGGUCUAGGUCAACGGGCUUUGGACCGCCUCGGUCGGGAUCAACCGGGAUGCGAUUUACCAGAGUAUUAUUUCCACGAUCGCAUUCGACCGGACACUCGCUGGUUAAACCGGGUGAGAACGUCGAAAAGUUUACACUAAGGUUGCCGGACGAGGUACGUGCUCAACUUGUGAAUUCAGCGUUGAUUCGUAGCAGGAGUAACAACGUGGCAUUUCCAAGGGCCGGCAGUGUGAGAAAAGAUUUAAGAAGUGAGAGUGGGCGUGGAAAACGCCCCGGUUUGUUUGAGCGGUUUGACCCAAGUUCGCGGUCCAACCGGUCGGGGCGAUCAGGCCGUUGGGCUUUCUCAAUGUUGCCGCCUUUUGUGUCUAGAAACGGGUCUGUUAGGAACCAAAGUGGUGAUAACGACGUUGCAACUCAGUCGGCAGCUGGGCCAUCGGAAUUGAUUAGAGCACCGUUGGACCAUAUUGGCGGCGAUGAACGGUCAGCUGAUACCUUACGGCCAAGGGAUCAAGUUUAAACAAAGGAAUACGUUUAGUUAGUUUGAGUAGAUUGAAAUUUUGUGUACAUAUCCUUUUAAAAUUGAGUUCAUUGUCCUUGUUUUUAUUCAUUUCAAAAGUUUGAAAGAGAAUACGUGUAAGAAAAUGAUGUGAUACCUACCAAUUUUUUUUUUAAAAAAUGGAUAUAAUCGUCCAUUUGUUGUGACAAAAAAUUGAUUACAUUUCCCUUGCUAA